UCCAUAGAGAGGUGUCCCUUAUUCAGAGGUAUAGUAUGGGGCAGAACCAGAGUGUCCUCCAUAGAGAGGUGUCCCUUAUUCAGAGGUUAAAAAUAUUGUAUUUAGUAUGGGGCAGAACCAGAGUGUCCUCCAUAGAGAGGUGUCCCUUAUUCAGAGGUAGUAUGGGGCAGAACAAGAGUGUCCUCCAUAGAGAGGUGUCCCUUAUUCAGAGGUAUAGUAUGGGGCAGAACCAGAGUGUCCUCCAUAGAGAGGUGUCCCUUAUUCAGAGGUAGUAUGGGGCAGAACCAGAGUGUCCUCCAUAGAGAGGUGUCCCUUAUUCAGAGGUAUAGUAUGGGGCAGAACCAGAGUGUCCUCCAUAGAGAGGUGUCCAUUAUUCUCAGGGUCCCUGGAUGAAGUAGCCAGUACACUUACGUCCUAUAUGCCAUCUGGAACCAGUUGAAGGCG